GUGAGAACUGCUAGUCCGCCAUCACUGUGCUUUAGACAACUACCGAGGAGUUGAGUGUGGCAGCGAAGUGACAAUAUCAAUCCGGAGAGAGGGACGCGAACUCGGGGAAAGGUCGAGGGGGGGAACCCGUACCAUUUUUCCGCCUGCACGCUUCCCUGCAGCGACCCUAAGUAAUCUUACAUGUAAAUACAGAGACAGCCGACGAACUCCCCCAAAAUGUCCAACCUCAGCAAAGGCGGCACCAAGAAGGACACCAAGAUGAGGAUACGAGCCUUUCCUAUGACGAUGGACGAAAAAUAUGUCAACAACAUUUGGGACCUCCUGAAAAACGCCAUCCAGGAGAUCCAACGCAAGAACAACAGCGGGCUUAGCUUCGAGGAGCUCUACAGAAAUGCCUACACCAUGGUCCUACACAAGCACGGGGAAAAGCUGUACACAGGCUUGCGGGAAGUCGUCACCGAACACCUCAUAAACAAAGUACGGGAAGAUGUCCUCAAUUCCUUAAAUAAUAACUUUCUACAAACCUUGAAUCAAGCCUGGAACGACCACCAGACCGCCAUGGUCAUGAUCAGAGACAUCCUGAUGUACAUGGACCGGGUGUAUGUGCAGCAGAACAACGUGGAGAACGUGUACAACCUGGGCCUCAUCAUCUUCAGAGACCAGGUGGUGCGCUACGGCUGCAUCCGGGACCACCUGCGGCAGACACUCCUGGACAUGAUCGCCCGGGAGAGGAAGGGCGAGGUGGUGGACAGGGGCGCUAUUCGGAAUGCAUGCCAGAUGUUGAUGAUUUUGGGUCUCGAAGGGAGGUCAGUUUAUGAAGAGGACUUUGAGGCCCCUUUCUUAGAAAUGUCUGCAGAAUUUUUCCAGAUGGAAAGCCAGAAGUUCUUGGCGGAAAACAGUGCCAGUGUGUACAUUAAAAAAGUAGAGGCCAGAAUAAAUGAAGAGAUUGAGCGAGUGAUGCAUUGCUUGGACAAAUCGACAGAGGAGCCCAUCGUUAAAGUGGUAGAGAGGGAGCUCAUCUCCAAGCACAUGAAAACAAUAGUGGAGAUGGAGAACUCCGGCCUCGUACACAUGCUGAAGAACGGAAAGACAGAAGACCUGGCCUGCAUGUACAAGCUCUUCAGCCGGGUGCCGAACGGCCUGAAGACGAUGUGCGAGUGCAUGAGCUCCUACCUGCGGGAGCAGGGCAAGGCGCUGGUGUCCGAAGAGGGCGAGGGCAAGAACCCUGUGGACUACAUACAGGGUUUGCUGGACCUGAAGACUAGAUUCGACCGGUUCCUGCAGGAUUCCUUCAACAACGACCGGCUCUUCAAGCAGACCAUCGCCGGGGACUUUGAGUACUUCCUCAACCUCAACUCGCGCUCGCCGGAGUACCUCUCCCUUUUCAUUGACGACAAGCUCAAGAAAGGAGUGAAAGGACUGACGGAGCAGGAGGUGGAGUCAAUCCUGGACAAGGCCAUGGUGCUGUUCCGGUUCAUGCAGGAGAAGGAUGUGUUUGAGAGAUACUACAAACAGCACCUGGCCAGGAGGCUUCUCACCAACAAGAGCGUGUCCGACGACUCCGAGAAGAACAUGAUCUCAAAGCUGAAGACGGAGUGCGGCUGUCAGUUCACCUCUAAACUGGAAGGAAUGUUCCGGGACAUGAGCAUCUCCAACACUACCAUGGACGAGUUCCGGCAGCACCUGCAGUCCACAGGGUUGUCUCUAGGUGGUGUUGACCUCACAGUAAGAGUGCUUACGACAGGCUACUGGCCCACCCAGUCGGCCACGCCCAAAUGCAACAUCCCCCCGUCCCCUAGGCACGCUUUCGAGGUCUUCCGAAGGUUCUACUUGGCCAAACACAGCGGCAGACAGCUGACGCUCCAGCACCACAUGGGCUCUGCGGACCUGAACGCCACAUUCUACGGGCCCAUCAAAAAGGAGGAUGGUUCAGAAGUUGGUGUAGGUGGUGCCCAGGUGACUGGAUCCAAUACUAGGAAGCACAUACUGCAGGUCUCCACCUUCCAGAUGACAAUCCUGAUGCUCUUCAACAACAGAGAGAAGUGUACCUUUGAGGAGAUCCAGCAGGAGACGGACAUCCCGGAGCGGGAGCUGGUGCGAGCCCUGCAGUCGCUGGCCUGCGGGAAGACCACGCAGCGCGUCCUCACCAAGGAGCCCAAGUCCAAGGAGAUCGAGAACGGCCACGUCUUUACAGUCAACGACCAGUUCACCUCCAAACUGCACAGAGUCAAGAUUCAAACCGUCGCUGCUAAACAGGGGGAGUCGGACCCGGAGCGGAAGGAGACGCGGCAGAAGGUGGACGAUGACCGGAAGCACGAGAUCGAGGCGGCCAUCGUCCGCAUCAUGAAGUCCAGGAAGAAGAUGCAGCACAACGUUCUAGUAGCAGAGGUAACCCAGCAGCUGAGGGCGCGGUUUCUACCCAGUCCUGUGGUUAUUAAAAAGCGCAUUGAAGGACUCAUUGAGAGAGAAUACUUGGCACGAACGCCCGAGGAUCGCAAAGUGUACACUUACGUAGCCUAAAUGUGUGCGUUCAAGUGGGAGGGAGAGGAAAAAGAAUCUCUUGGACUGUUCUGCGCAUGGACUGGGAAGUUCCUUUUAAAUAUAAAUACUGGGAUGACUUUUCCUCCACUAAGAGCAAAAAAAAAAAAAAAAAA